AUGAACAGCAAAGGUCAGUAUCCAACACAGCCCACCUACCCAGUGCAGCCUCCUGGGAAUCUGGCAUACCCUCAGACCUUACAUCUUCCUCAGGCUCCACCUGGUUACUCAGAGCUCUCGCAUCCCAGCUUUGUGCACCCAGAGGCUGCCACAGUGCCCACCGUGUCAGCUGCCUUUGCUGGCACCUCUCCGUAUCUUCUCAUGGCCCAGUCUGUGGCUGUUGGGCCUCUAGGUUCCACAAUCCCUGUGGCUUAUUAUCCAGUUGGUCCCAUCUAUCCACUGCAUUCCUCCUCCACCUGGAUGCCCUCCCAGUGCUGCUCAGCUGGCAGUCAUGCAGGGAGCCAAUGUCCUCGUAACUUAGUAGAAGGGCAACUUCUUCAUGGGUGGCUCAGACCGUGGCCACACCAUCUGGUGAGGAACCAAGGCCGCCUCUGUGCCGAGAAAGACAUCAUAUACCUCCUGCACUUCUCACAAUGUAACCGCUUUAGUCAUAUUAACCUGAAGUUGCAGUUUACACACAUGUUGUUGGGGAGUCUUUCUGGUGCCCAAACUUUCAGGCACUUUUCAAAUAUAAGAAACCAUGUGAUGAUAGCAGUACCUCCCUAA